AUGCCCGGUACGAUGAAGCCAAUCAUAACGUCCAUCCUGGACACGGAUGCAUACAAGCUGCACAUGCAGCAGGCCGUUUUUCACCUCUAUCCGACCGUUCGCGCCACUUUUGAGUUUCACUGCCGCAACGAGGACGACCACCUUGGUGACGCCGCUGAUGCUAUACGCGAACAGGUUGCACUGAUGAAUAAUAUUGCGCUAACUGAUGAUGAAUACAAUUACUUGUCAUCGAGGCGAUUUAUCCGCAAGGACUACCUUGAUUGGCUCCGCACGUACAGGUUUAACCCACAGCAAGUGACCGUUAACGCGGUGCCGGCCAACGGUGGUGAAACGGAUCUCGCCAUCACAAUUGAGGGGCCAUGGGUGGAGACAAUUCUCUGGGAGGUUCCGCUGCUCGCCGUCGUGAGUGAAGUGGUGCACCAGCAGCGCACACCACAUAUUGGAGUGGCGGAGGCGGUUGCGCAUCUCGAGCACAAACUAGAUGUGUUUUUUGCCAGCACACCAGCUAAGGAAAUUGAAACCUUCUGUGUCAGUGACUUCGGCGCUCGCCGCCGCUACAGUUAUGCUGUCCAGGAGACGGUUGUGAGGACACUACAGUCAGACCCUAGAUUUUGUAGGCACCUCUGCGGCACCAGUAACUACCUUUUGGCAAUGAAGCUGAACCUGCCAGCAGUUGGCACACAGGCGCACGAGUGGUUUCAGGCGCACCAGCAACUUGCACCAAUGCUGUGCGACUCGCAGCGGGUGGCGUUAACGCGGUGGCUGAAGGAAUAUCCGCACGACCUUCUCGUUGCGCUCACUGACUGCAUCUCAAUGGACAGUUUCCUGAAUGACUUCACCAAGGAUCUUGCUAACGCCUACAUGGGCCUCCGCCACGACUCAGGCGACCCGUUCGAGUGGGGACGCAAAGCUGUGGAACACUACCAGCGCCUCGACAUCGACCCCAAAAGUAAGACGCUCGUCUUUUCUGACUCACUCGACCUCGAGAAGGCCGCAAAGUUGCACCGAAGAUUCUCCAACGAGGUGAACGUGUUGUGUGGGGUUGGGACGCAGUUGUCGUGCUCCAUCCCUGGUGUGCGCGCACUGAACGUCGUCAUCAAAAUGACACGCUGCGAGGGAAAGCCAGUUGCAAAGAUCUCAGAUGCACCAGGAAAAAGUAUUUGCCGCGACACCAACUUUAUUCGUGAGCUGCAGCGUGCUUUUGGCCUCUCCAAGAUGGCGAUUGCUGCUGCAGCAGCAGCAGCAGCAGCCGUCUCCAUGGACGAUGGCAUCCGCAAAGCGUAA